AUGACUACCCCUACCUUGAUAAAUCUGCCUCCCCCACCAUCUGAAUCGGUCACUCCAUCAGAUAUGGGACCAGGAACCCCCAAUUCUGGCACAACAUCACUCUCUGCGUUGUCAACCACAGCCAUCAAAGACGGUCAUCAGGGUCAGCCCCUCCCCCAUGGGCGCCAUGCACACCAUUCCUCGUCAACCUCUAUGGCAUCUACCAACACUUUGGAAGCGGAGCGCGCAGAUCGCAUCUCUCGCCUGGCUGGAUUGGAACGGGUUGCAACCGCUCGAGCUGGUGGACAACCGCCAUCCGGAACUUCUGUCCCUGCAACAUAUACCCCUGGCUACUUUGACAGCAACUCUGGAAUGAAGGAGAGGAGCACUGUGGGAAGCGCCAGUGCGACAGGAAGCGUAGGUGGGCGUACCACCUGGGCCAGCGGGAGCGAUGCAUUUGACGCCGACAAGAUGAGCGAGGACCCGGAUGACGGGACAUCCAGUGUGGGCAAUAUAAGUGAAGGAGACGCUAGUCUGGUGGGCUUUGGUGAAGGCGCCAGUACACUCAGUGGACCGACUUCUCAGUAUUCGGGCCUGAACAGAAUGUCCUCUGGAGGAGGGCGACCCAGUUCUCUGGGGAGCCCUCCCAUAACCCGAGCAAACCCGAUCGCAUCAUCUCUGCAGCAUAGCGGUGAUGGCCCGAAUAUGGCGCUUUCGCUGUCGCCUGCCGGAUCUAAUACGCCUGAGGCUAUGGCGGAGGAUGCUCGAGUGAUCGACGGGAUGACUUACGAUGAGGGUGUGGUCGACACAACCAUGAGAACUCCUCGAUUGGCGACGCCAAAUGAUGGUAAUGAUCUUCCUGAGAGGUAA